AUGGUCAUCAAUAGAGAUAAACCACUCAAGAGAUAUCAUGUUGGUAUAAUUCAGGCAAUGUUAAUACCCCCAAAUGUAGAACUAGUUUUUGGCAUAGAAGCAAGUGGCGAGAACUUGAUUGAUACAACAAAAGUUAAUACAAGGUUGCCAAUGUUGGUUUAUGUAUUUUGUGAGAAUAGCAAGAUGAAGAUUUUACUUGUUUUUGCACUAAUUUUUCUUGGUCUAAAUUGGAGGAGCCAAAGAAAUAUUAGUGUCCUGGAGAAAGAAGAGUCCGAGCUAGAAAGACAACUCAAGAUUUUGAAUAAACCGCCUGUUAAAUCCUUCCAGGAUGUGGAUGGAAGCAUUCUGGAUUGCAUUGAUAUCAACAAGCAACCUGCUUUUGAUCACCCAUUGCUUAAAGAUCAUAAAAUCCAGAUGACACCUAGCUCUCUCCCUAAAGAAAUUCCAAACAUUAGAGAUUCAAUACCGCAACACCCCAUGCCCAAGACACUGGAAAAAUGUCCCGAAGGAACAGUCCUCGUACGAAGGACUAGGAAGGAAGAUUUAGUUGCAGCAAAAGCCGUCUCAAAUCAUUAUCGCGCAAAUGCAAAUGCUCAUCCAUCUACCUCAAAAUAUUUUGGAUUUCAUUUCCAACUGGUCAAAACAGCACCAGACACGUCCAAAGGAUAUUGUGGAGCUGCAGCAAAGAUCAACAUCCGUAACGUAAAAGUUUCAGAAAACCAAUUCAGCGAAGCUUCGAUAUGGAUUCAGAAUAGUCUUGAACAAACCAAUAACAUACAAUUCGGAUGGACUGCUGAUAAUUAUCGAACAACCGGGUGUUUCAACUCUUUGUGCCCUGGUUUUGUACAAAUUAGUCGAGAAAACUAUUUGGGUCAGAUACUUCCGAUUUCCGAGUACGGUGGGGAUGUGCAAUAUAUGUUGGAUAUACUCAUUUUCAAGGACCCAAAAUCAGGAAAUUGGUGGAUGGCACAUGAAACAAAGCAUGGAAGAAAAGAAUUCAUUGGUUAUUGGCCAAAAUCCAUAUUCACAACCAUGGCUGACUCUGCCUCAGAGAUUCAAUUUGGAGGAAAGGCUUAUAGCCCUCUAAAUCAGCCAGCCCCACCAAUGGGUAGUGGCCAUUUCGAUGCUAAUGAUUUUUCAAGGACAUGCUUUAUUAGUAAUAUGCAACUUGUUGACUCCUCAAAUAUACUUUUUGAACCCAAAAAUACAAGCUUGCUCGAAAUUACAGACAACCCUAAUCCUAAUUGUUAUCAAGUGGCAUAUAAAGGAUAUACGGGAGAGCCACGGCGGUAUGCUAUGCUCUUUGGGGGACCUGGAGGAACAGCUUGUGAUGCCUAAUGAAAGGCAACUAAACUUUUUGUUUAUGAAUAAUGGUUUUCUUGUACCUUGAACUUCUAUCAUGA